GGGGCGCUGGGUUUGAGUCGAGGAGCGGUGCGCGGGAGCGGGGUCGCCUGUGUCGGCGGCGUCACACGAGAAACCCCGCCCCCUGCUGGCGCCGGUGCGACCUGGAAAAAAAGGGGUGUGCGUGUCACUGUGCACGCGCGCAGCAGAGCAGAUGCAGCCAGUCGGGCGCGCGCUGCGGAGACGGUGGGAAGCACAGUCCGCGUGCAGCCUGCGCGAGGCACAGACGGACCCACGAGCCGUGGACGAUGACACGAGACGAGCACGAGGGAUGAUGAGUGACCACGCAGCAGUUUGGAACAAAUGACUGAAGAUUACACAUGACGCCAGCAGCUGGAGAUUCAUCUGAUUCGAUUACAGUUAAGCAGUGAAAGAUGCUGUGGACGGGUUUAACUCUAAUGGAUUCCUAAAGUUGCUCCGAGACAAUUAAUAGCAAAGGUUUUACUGAGGGGAUCUCUUGGUGGGAGUCAGAGCGCAGGGGGCCAGGAUGUGGCCCCCCGACCUCGGGCCUCCAGACGUCCAGAUGACACUCCCUGGUUUUGGGAGCGUGUUCGAAGAUGCCGAGGACCUCCAGGCACCGCUGUCUUCAGGUGGCUUCUGUCAGUCGUCGAUGCAUUCGGGUGGUCUGUGCUGUCUGCCCAGGACGUCCCUGUCCCUGUCCUCCCUGGGGAGAGACCUCACCUCCUUACUCAGCUGUAAGACAAAUGGAUCCCACAUAGAAAAGUCUGUGGAGGACCCUAAAAACACCCAGAGGUUCGUUUGUUACCCUCAACCCUCCCUCCCUUUGUCCUACAUGCUCACCGGCUGUGCCUCGUCUCCCACGUUCUGCUCCCCCUCAUCCUCUGUUUCCUCCACCUCCUCCUCAUCGUCUUUAUUUUUUGCCUCUUCCUCGCCUCUUUCUGAUGCCAACAACAAAACGUCUCAGCAACAACGAAAAGUACAAGACGAGUAUCUCUCCAUCAAACAGGAGCCUGCAGACGAUUUCUUGCCGUGUAAGAGGGAAUCGUUUCAAAUGAACAACCAGCAGGGGGAGCUGUUUCAUGUUGGCCAGCCCCUGGACUGCCACGACGGCGGUCAGGACGGCACCCACACGCCUCUGCACUCUCCGAAGCUUAACGCACCCGUAGGAGGGAACCCUGCGGUGGACCAACAGGAGCAGCUGUGUCACUGGAUCGACUGCAGCGCCACUCACAGCAGCCAGGAGGAGCUGGUGAGGCACAUCGAGAAGGUUCACAUCGACCAGCGUAAAGGGGAGGAGUUUGCGUGUUUCUGGGCCGGCUGUGUGCGGCGCCACAAACCAUUCAACGCUCGCUACAAGCUGCUCAUCCACAUGAGGGUUCAUUCUGGAGAAAAACCCAAUAAGUGCAUGUUUGAAGGCUGUUCUAAGGCGUUCUCCCGUCUGGAGAACCUGAAAAUCCACCUGAGGAGCCACACGGGAGAGAAACCGUACAUCUGCCAGCAUCCCGGCUGCCUCAAGGCCUUCAGCAACUCCAGUGAUCGGGCCAAACACCAGCGGACCCACCUGGACACGAAGCCGUACGCCUGUCAGAUCCCGGGCUGCACCAAGCGCUACACCGACCCCAGCUCGCUACGGAAACACGUCAAAGCUCACUCUGCCAAAGGGCCUCAGGAGAGGGAGGUCAAGGUUCACACGAUGCUGGAUUCGGACAUUUUGAGCGAUUGCCUGGCGCGGCAGCAUCUCCACGGCUCCUCCCACCAAGGGAACGGCUCCGCUCUGCCGGGAUUAGAUGACUUCACAGGUGUUUACUCAAACAGCAGCUCCGCCCACAGCAGGGGGAAUUCAGAGUUCCUCCCUCCGUCCGCAGACACCUGCUCCAGGUAUCAAGGCCUGGAGGGAAACUUUGACACCAACAGCCCGAUAUCAUCGCUAACAAGCCCAGGAAGCAUGAGAGAGGGGAACAGACCGACAUCGUUGUUCAUGUCCGCUGACGUCAGCCCAGCGAGCUCUUCAUCAGACAGAGCGGACGUCCGGCUGCAGGGUUACCAGAAACCCUACAGCCACCAGCAGCAGGUCAUGUCACAGCAGCAAGGUUGUCUGUACGAAGGGGGAAAGGUGGUUCAACCGGUCAACGACGGAGGAUUUGAACAUAACAGUUACUUCACAAACUCCUCCACCUGUCACUCCACAGGGUUCGACUUGUUGCAGGACCUGCAGGGCCAGGCGGGCGGCGGCUACUCCAUGUCUCCCUGCCCGGACGACAGCUUCCUGUUCCAGGCGGGAGGCGUCGACCGCUGCCUCAAUCAGAUCUACUCCAUCUACCUGGACUCGUGAUGGCCGCCCGGAACCACAUGAGACAGAGUCUUUAUGCUUUUUGUUUUCCCAAGCACAAGAUGCAGCGAGAACGAUGUGUGACGGACAAUCGCAUCCCCGAUACGCUGCAAAGACUGAAAGAAGAAGCUUUAAUGGUACAAACACAAACUGUAUGAGCUGCAGAGCUGAGCGGGAAAAAUCAUCGAAAUCUGGGCAAAGAAUGAUGUAAAUAGCUGUGACUUUUUUAUUCAGAGAUGACCAUAGCAUUUGUGAUUUGGAUAGAACGAGCUUCAUUUAUCAGUUUGGACUUUUGGAAGCCGGGCAGCUGGUUCUGAGCAGCGAGGUCGAUUCUGCCUCAUCAGCAGCUUUGACUCAAGGGAAAUGGUAAAAUGAUAUUCGAUGAGCAGAGUGGACUCAUAUAAUGCAACCUGAAGUCAGUAAAUACGUCUGUUAACACAACUUAGUUCAACAUCCUGCUCAACGAUCCUACUCAGUUUUUAGUCUUUUCUCUAUUUAGUUUCAUUAGAGCAAGUUGAAAUAAAAACAAUAACACUUUUGGCUCAACUGCUCACAACCAGAGAGCGUACAUAAAGAUGAAUGACUCUCUCCCACUGUCGAGAAAGGAAGCCAGAAAAUUACGGAGCCACAGUCUGAGCAGUUGUAAUCAGGAGUGGAGCCGCAGUAUCAGGGUCAGUCUCAGCUGUCAGUCAUGAUGUCUCCCCUGUUUUUAUAGCAUCAAAUAACUAAUUAAAGGUCCAGUAUGUAAGAUCUUGGUGAAAAGAAUCUAUUGGCAGAGAAUAAUCUAAAAUUCUAAAUCUAAAUUGUGCAAAUUGUUGUUUUCUUUACUUUAGAAUCUUUAUAUCUACAUCUGGAGCAGGUCCUCUCUACGGAGGCUGCCAUGUUUUUUUUUUUACAGUAGCCCAGACUGGACAAAGGGAGGGGGAGGGUGACAGAAACCAUCUUUGAGAAAAACGUGUUUGAUGCCUAUUGUGACGCUUUUGUUUGUCCCAUGUCCCAUCCACUUACAUGGAGGAGGCAGGGUUUAUAUACUGCAGCCAGCCUCCAGGGGGUGACCGAGACGCCUCGGCUUCACUUAUGGGACGCGGCCCGUCGUCCAUCUUUAUAUAAAGUCUGUGCUCACGACUCACAGACGCACUGAAUACAAAGUGUGACGAGUGGCGGAAGGAAGCUUCAUCUUAAAUGUCACGUUCCUUAAAAGUAUGAUGUCAUGUGUUGCAUGUGGAAGUCAAAGACUUUAAGGGAAUAGUUCGACAUUUUGGGGAAAUAUAUUAAUUUGCACACACACGUUCAUAGAGCUCAGCUUCUUAUUUCACCACAUCAUGCAGCCAUAGGAGCAGUUCAAUACUUCACCCUUGCCCCUCGGAAUACGGACAGGGAUCGAACCACUGACCCUCCGGUAGGUGGACGACCCUUUUUGUCUGCUGACCCACAGCCGAUGAACCGCUAGCAGGUUGGAUUAGAGGGGAAACAGCUUCUCCGCACCAAACAAAAGUACCAGCAACUAUAAAUCUUUGCAUUGUAUUGUAAAGGAGAAGUGAAAAAAAUAUCAGUUUAUUAUUUGACAGGUGGAUUAUAUGAUGUGAUUAUUGUCGUAUUUCCCAAAAUGUCAAUCUAGUGAAGUGAGAAAACCUCCAGCUGCUGCUUUAGUGAGAGUUCCCCGUAAAGCAGCCGCUCGGAGGAAACUGGGGAUCGAACAGUAAACUGAAGCAGUGCUGCCCCCAAGUGUUUGAAUGAAUGUUCAUGCUGCAUAAACCUUAUACUCCGCCUGUGGCACAGAGGGUCAGUGUACGACUUGAAAUCAGCACUAAAAUAUUUAUGUCACUCUCAAAAAGUCCCUCUGUCCUGAGACGUGACAACAAGUACGUUUAAACAUGUGUAACCUAUAACAACAAUCGUGCCAGAAACAUAAUCAGUUUUAUAUUUUUCCUCUUCGGUGUCUUUCCGUGUUUGUUGUACAGUUUCUCUCAGUGUUGUAUCCAUGGAGGGAGGUGUGCGUUGUUUACAGUCAGUUCUCUGCACUCUUGUUUUUGUCUCGUCAGAAAAUGACCAACCAGAAAAUGUUUACACUGAUUUUGUAGCAAGUCAGAGAUUUCUUAUUAUUGUUGUUGAACAGUGUGUAGACUGUA